GCUUUUGACAUUCGUGGUGCCAGUGGUUUGUAUGGAAGAUCUGGAACUUAAAGACAUAGACGCGAGCUUUGCUCAGGGCUUUGCUGCUUUGUUCUUUGAGACACGAUCUCGUGACCGCGCCUAGCACGUGCCAGGAUCGCGUUGCACGCCUCUUUUGUCCUCGGCGGGCCAAAGCGUCAGCUACAAUGGGCCACACAGUAUAAUGAGCCACCCGCAAAAGACUAUCUCGUACCAUAUCCUCACCUUGAAUUUGCAGACGUAGUUGAUUUACCAACCUCAUUGGAUCCUUACCAUUAUCAAAAUGGCCGCACCAUUCUCGUUCACGAUGCCGUGGUUGACAGGAAGAUCGCGUAUUCCAACUUUUGCAGGAAGAUCGCCAACACCAGAGAAUAAGAGGCGCAGCAGGCCAGUGGCGUCAUCGUCAGCCAAGAAGCAGCCAGUGGCGUCGACAUCUGGGACACAACCAGUAAUGAAGCCCACCAAGAAGUUGUGGAAGGAGCUCCAGAAUAGUGGAACCGAGCUUAUAGCGAUGACAGCAAAGCUAGCAAACAUCAUAGAACUACAAUUCACUGGUACAAUGCUUGAAACAAGGACGACAAUAGAGGGCUUUUUGCAUCAAGAUUCCAAGUAUCACGCAUGGGUCGCCGUUCGGAGAAUCUUAGAAUACUUCCCAAAUGACGACCAUACACUCUUGGCUUACCAUGCCUUGCAGCAAUAUCGCGUCGAACUUGGCCUGGCCCUGAUGGACGCGGUACCUGGAGGUCAACAUUACACCUUUGUGGACUGGGGUAUCUCAGAGAAUACACAGAAAAUAGUGCUGCAAGCAACCGAGCUGAUAGAGCGCUUCGAGGCCAGAGAGAUUGAAAGAGAUCGCAUUACCGUCUCCAUACCUGCGACGACGGCUGGUAUCCGCGCCGUACAGAAGCUCAAGAAGGUGUCGAUCCAAACCAAUUUGACACAUGUCACCGGUUUUAUGCAUGCAAUGAUCUGUAUUGAAGCCGGAGCGAACGCCAUAACCUUCCAUUGUGAAGAGACACUGCGUGCGUACAGGAAGUUGCAUCGGCUUCGGGCAGUCAACAAUGGCUGGGUGGGGCACCCAUGCGUGCAGGCCAUCCAGGCCACGAUAGAAUACGUUGAAAGACAUAAGAUACCGGUUAAAGUCAUGGCGACUCACGUGUCAGGACUCCAAGUAAUGACAUCGCUUAAGGGACUUAAUUGUUUCGCUCUAAGGGACAAGGAGAUGGUCGAUGUACAGCAACACGGAGUGCCGUUUGGUCCGCUACCAGGUUCUAGUCCCUGUGUGAAGGCAGCAAAAGAGCCAUACCCGUCAGCUUAUCUUCCGGCCGCAAAGGAUAAUGCCCUACACAACAUGUCUAGAAAUGAACGUCUUCUGGCGGAGGAAACAUGCAGAGAGGCGAGGAGCUGCUCACAGAAGGCAACGGAUGACAUAGCAAAGUGGUUCAGGGCUGAAGUCACCAAACAUUGGGCGAUACAGAAAGUGUCAACCGCUGACAUCAUUGGAGGAUACAAGCUUGACGUAGAGUUAAAGGACAAGAUUGAAGACAUGAAAGCCCGCGGCCAGUGGGAUGCAAAGGCUCGAGCGGCAGUCGCCAAAAGUCCAAUGAGAUCCGGUCAUAUUGGGUACCGAAUGAUUUCGAUAACUUGGGCUCCACCUAUGCCCCAAGAAGACCAAAAGGCGGACGACACAGGCUCCGAAGACACUCUCCUAAAUGAGGAGGAGGCAGCAGUCGAGGCGUCAUUGACUUCGGACGGUCUGAGUGACGAGGAACCAGCUGCUGCAACGGACAAGUUGACCGCUGCCGACGAGAAAGACACGGCUGCUUCUCGCAUCAGUUCUGCUGAUGGCGAACAGGCCGCAACCUUGGUGCAGAAGUCCGAGAAGCCCGGGCAACGGCAGGGCAACGAUGAGCGCGCUGGAAUGCAUCCACCGGAUGAGAUCUUCUGACAAGAGAUCAUCAAGGGUCAGGCAGAGGGGCAGAAGGACAGAAUGACACCUAGUGAACGGACUGAUAGGAACAUAAUCAUUCUCUUGUAUCGUGUAUUUGCAUUACUUACUCUGUACAAUGGGAAACAUUGUCACAAGGACAAAGCUCUGAGGUUGAAGCACCGCCGGUGCGUUGGCCGGAAUUUCCUUCUGCUAACAAUACAGUAGUAUAUGCAGACGAAGUAUGCUUACCGCUCUUAAUGUUUCCUCGUGAUGGUGUCCACGAUUAGACAAUAGCAUGGCUGAGCAAACAGCAUUCGACGAUAAAACCUUGAUAGCUAGCGUGGGACGAGGAAACACACCGAGCUUCAUUCUAUUGCGCGUAAGGGCGCAGGAGGAAUCUAGCUCUUAGACGCAGCACCGCAAAAAUAAAGCCACCGAAGAUAC